UUUAUAGAAUUGGCAAAUAAAAAUAAAAAUGAAAUUAAUCCAAAGGAAAAUUUUAGCAGUGAAUUUGAGACCUUUGAUGAAACAAAUUAUGUAAAAGAGCAUUGUUUUAUGAAUAAGUAUGAUGACAAUAAAUCUCGGUUCACUGAAUAUUCCAUUAGCAGUUCCACUAUUACUAGAAAUCAGCAGUUAGAAUUGUUGGAUAAAAAAUUUGAACAAGCAUUUGCUAACUACGAAGAUGACAAUAUAGGACCAUUAGACUGUUAUGAAAUCGAAGGGUUUGUUCCUUAUGACACUUCCUUAUUACUGCAGUACUCGAACAAACCUCAACAGGGAAAUUAUUACAAAAUACCUUCACACAGCAUUAAGAGAUUGUCCAACAUUGCAGAGCUACAAAAUGAAAAUAGUGACAGUGAAGAUUUAAUUUCAGUAGAAGUUAACAAAAACUUAAAAUGGGAUUGUGAAUCUAUUUUGAGUACUAACUCAAACAUUUACAAUAGACCCAAAAUCAUUAUGGAACCAUCUAAGCAGAAAAUCAAGAUUAAUUUACAUACAGGAAUGCCUGUUAACGUUUUUGGAAAAAAUAAAUUAACUCAGAAUAAUCUAAUUCAGUUAAACAAACAAAAUAAUGACUUGGGUAAUGAUUGCAAUACUGUAUCAUCUGUUAUGUCGACAUUGUCACAGUUGUCAGUCAGACCCAAAGGUGAAGGUACAGAAGACAGAAAGCAAAGGAAACAAUUGUUGAAAGACUAUAGGAAAGAAAGAAGAAAAGAGAAGAAAAACAACAGAGUGGCAUUUAAAGUUGAAUGUCAGCGUCAGUCGAAAGUUGCCGUUGCUACAGCAAACCAUUUUGCUGGUAAUACAAUUCUUCAUUAGGCUAAAAUGUUGUUAAUUUUGUCCCAGCAAAAGAGUUAAAUUAAUGUAAACAUUAUCUUUUGAUUAAAUAAUUAUUGUAGUUGUUAAAACGUA